UCCAGUUAGCUUUUAUGCUGGGUUGUAGAAAAACAGUGACGGACGCCUCCUUGCGUGAGCUCACGUCGUUACACGUUUGUUUGUGUUUAAUAUUAAAGGCAGCUGAACGGCGCGCUUCAAACGAAUUGUGCGGUUCGUGCGAGGACGUUUUUGGGGCAAAUCCUUGGUAGUUUUGUGAUCGAUAUUUUCUCAAUUCAGUCCCGUUUUAGUCAUCUUCGAGUGCUUCUUCGGCUUAAUAGUUAAAAAUAAAACGCAAAUAUCAACAUGGGUGUAAGCAGAUUGUCUAUUAUCAAAUUUUUGGAAUUGGCGUUAGCAGUGGUGUGCCUUGGCCUACACUAUAAAAGUAUAAGCAAUGAUUUGCACACUGACCUUGUUUCUGCUACGGCUUUUGGAGGCUACAUUAUUAUUCUCCUGGGAGGAUUCGCAGGGCACUUAAUGUCAACCCCGAUAAACAGAAGAAUCGACAUUUGGUUUUGCCUUGUAGGAUGCGCCAUUUUUGUAGCAGCGGGGGCACUUAACAUUCAACACUUUGAAAAUACAUGGAAGGGCGAAUACAGAAACUACGGCCUUGCUAAAGCCUCUAUCGCUAUCAUAAACGGUGCCAUUUUCUUGGUUGAUUCCCUUUUGACCUGGCGAGGAGACUACUAAGAUAUUUACGCCAUUAAAGAUCAAAAGACAAUACUUGAUUUAUGCUUUCUACUCUCACUCAUUGUCAGUACAAAUUUAUAAACCAAAACUUCUUUUUUAUGAGUGUUAUCGAAUAAUACGGGAUGUAUUCUACCAAAAUUGUGUCUUAUUUUAAACAGAUAACUUUACUUCAGUAGUUUACACAUCAAAAAGCCACCCUUACUGUAAAUACAUGUCAAUUAGUUUUUGUUUAGGCUUUCUAGUAUAGUUGUAGUUAGUUUGGAGUUUUAGAGUAUGCUUAAAGCAAAAAGUUUAAAGAAUUUUUGUAAUAACUUUAUACUUAUUUGUCGUUUUAGGAAUAUCAGAAAAACAUAGCUACUUUAUUUACUGUGUAAAAUUAUUACAGUGUUUAUACAUAUUUAUAUAUCUUCAUGCAAAUGUUGCUUGGUAAAAUGAGGUAAGUGUUAUUUUUACGGUUAUUAUUAUUGUUAAUACUAUGUAAUAGUUUUAUCAUCACACUGACGUUAUUUUUGAGAAAGUCUAGUCUUUAAUUUUAUUUCGCUUUAUUCAAUAUUAGUCAGUAAAAUAAAAAUAAUCAAUACUGGAAAUUGGUAAUCGAUUCAUUGUAAAAUUGCUUUAAUUACUGUUCUUUUUUACUGUUUUCUAAUUUUACGUAAAUAAUGUUCGAUAAAAAUCUAUAGGUGUGUGUGAUUGCAAGUGUUUGCCUAAUUCAUAUCUGAUAGACAUCAGAAUUUUUAGAAUUUUUAUUAUAUAUCAUAUAUUUAUUGUAGUUGUUUACUGAAGUGUUUUGAUAAUAUUGUUCAAAAAAGUUGUUAUACAAAUAUACUGUUGAUACUGAGAAUUAAAAAUUGUCAUACUAAGGCCCUAUUUUUUUAUCUAUACAGAUUUUACAUCAAGGAUACUUUUAUAUGGGUUUACUGCAAUCACAAUUGAUAAUAAUUGUGUCUACUUUCAAAAACCGAUAAAUUGUGCUCCGAUAAAUAGAAAACUAUAUUUUAGAUAUGUAGAUAACUAUUAAAGUAUAUUUAUAUUUUUUAUUUUUGUAAGUGUACAACAUGUUCAGCUUUAGAUGUGUAGUCCUUGAAAUAAAACUAAACUCCUAAA